CCAUUAACAAGUUAUCUGUAAAUACAUAAGCUUUCACACAAACAGAACAUUCUAUUUGACAGACUUUCAUAUUACACAUGCUCACCUUUCAUCCAAACCCGCUCAAGCCAUGGCAACCAUCUGUUCCUGCCAAAAUUGUGAACACUUUGAAUGAGGGCAAGAACACCCAACAGUCCUCAGCAGGCAAAAUCAAACGCCUGGUUCUCCCCCAGGAAGGUAGAACGAAGUUAAACACCUACUCUGAUCGAGAUUUCUAUGCUUAUCCUCGCUUUGUGACCCAUGUGGAUGGUGGCUUUAUAUCCACAUUGACCAAUCUCUACAGAGAAAGGUUGAGACCUGGCUGGGAAAUUCUUGACCUCAUGAGCUCAUGGGUUAGCCAUCUUCCUGAGGAAGUGGCGUAUAAAAGAGUGGUGGGACAUGGACUAAAUGCACAAGAGCUUGCGAAGAACCCUCGGCUGGACUAUUUCUUUGUGAAGGACCUCAAUCAGGAGCAAGACCUUGAAUUGGAGAGCUGCAGCUUUGAUGCAGUGUUAUGCACCGUGAGUGUACAGUAUCUUCAACAGCCAGAGAAGGUAUUUGCAGAGGUUUUUCGGAUACUAAGGCCAGGAGGAGUUUUCAUUGUGAGCUUUAGCAAUCGAUUGUUCUUUGAGAAAGCCAUAAGCGCAUGGAGAGAUGGGACUGGAUAUAGUAGGGUACAACUGGUGGUGCAGUACUUCCAAUGUGUGGAAGGUUUCACACAGCCAGAUAUUAUUAGGAAGUUAGCAGCCCCUGCUGGUGCUGGAGAGGACAAAUCACCAUUCAGCUGGAUCAUGAAGCUGCUGGGAUUGUUGUCCGGAUCAGACCCUUUCUAUGCAGUGAUAGCUUACAAAAACUUCAAGCCUACAUAUGAAUGAUCAAUAUUGACAUUGGCUUUUCUAUAUGGAAGAGCAUGUACAAAUGUCCAUCAGUGCAUAUACCAUAUGACUUUGAGCAUUUUGAAAUGCCCCAAGAAAAGUCGAUUUUGUAGCAAUUCAAUUGUAGACCUCUAUUCCUCGGGUUGUGUCAGGACACUAAUAACUAAGUUAUCAUAAGUGAUAUUUUGCUAA